AUGGAAAAGCCCAGUGUUAACUAUGAUCUUUCUCAUGCCACUUUAAUAUCUAAGGAAGAUGCACCGGAAAUUGCCUCCACUGAAAGUUCAGCCGUGAUAAAUAAUAAGGAGGAGUCUACCACUGAUGUUAGUGAUAAUGAGGAACCUGAUUCUUUAAGCGAUCUAGAUGGCUCUUUGGAUAGCUUUGAUUUAGAUGACAUUUUCGGGAAAGGAACCACUGCUAGUGGGAAGCAGAAAAUAUUGCAAUCAAAAAGUUCAACACCAAUAACUGAUGCCUUAACUUCUGCAGAUAUACCAUCAAAUAUAAUACCACCGAAUAUAAUACCACCGAAUAUAAUAGCCUCGAAUAUAAUACUACCGAAGAUAUCUAAGCAAACUGAAAGUGCGUCUUCCAUAACUACGGAUAUCGACACUCAGGUUUCCUCAGCGACAGAUUCGACCCCGGUUGAUAAUAUUAAUAUUAGUGGUAAUGAAAGUGUUGUGGUGGACAGUAACAUUACCGAAAACAAAAGUGAGCAUCCUCAUAGUGGCUCAACAACAGGAGUUAAUAUGUUACAAUCAAACAAAAGUGAACCUUCAUUGGAAGGUACUUCUCACGCAAACCCAUUAAUGAAACAUCAUAAUUUGUAUUCUACAGGGGAUAUAAAUCAGCGUCCAUCAGAAUUUUCUUUUAAUGGUUCGAUUGCAAAAGAUACAGAAAAAAUGAAGCUAGACAAAAAAGAGAGCUCAUAUUUUGAUAGAGCUCCUAUUAUGCCAGAGCUAUCAAAUAAGUCCGCGGAGAUCAAACCAAUAUUCGCUUCACCACAAUCUUCGACAUCAGAGAUUAUGAAGAGGAAGGUGAUUCAAGGAAGAAGUUCACCACCAAAGAAAACUAAAGUCUCUGAAGUUAUUGAUCUAACUGAAGAUAGUGACAAUGAAGAUUAUGUAAUCUUUGGAUUGAACAAGAACAAAGCAAAGCAUGAUGCUGCAGACAUUACUUUAAUAGAUGACGAUGACGAUGACGAUGAUGAUGAAGUUAUUUUUACAGGAGAACGAAUUAUUGCUGAUACUAAAAAGGGAACAUCAAAUCCACCACUACCAUUUUAUAACAAACCUGUUCCUAUACCAGGAAUGCUCCCUAACCCAGUAUUCGUGAAUCAUCAACCAGCUCCAUUAAAUCCUGGAGUUUUCAUAAAUCCUCUCCCACUGCCUCCCUUUAUUAAGCAUCCAAAUCUCAACCAGCAUUCAAAUCUCAACCAAAAUGCUAAGCUUAACCAAAAUCCGAACUCAAAUCAAGACCUUGUGUUUAACAUCACUAUGAAUAAUGUUUUGUCAGAACUAUCUGCCAAGGUUCAGAAGGCAACAGAGUUGAAUAGCGAAAAAGAAGGUAUGCUCCAAAAGCUCAAAGUGGAUAAGCAAAGAUCCUUGAAACAAAUAAAUGAACUCGUUGUGGCUAGGUUGAGGAGCCUGAGUGAGUCGCAGAGAAUGAUGUAUGAAUUGAAACUCGCACAUCACAGGGUGAAGCUCAGACAAUUGGAAUCCAGAAUAAAUUUGGCAAAAAGUGAGGUUCAAAACACUGUGGAUAAUUUGCACAAGCUUAGAAGUAAUGAUAGUUUUAUCCGUUCCAAUCCUCAAGUACUCCGUGAUAAAAUUGCCCAAAGAAACGCUGAGAUGAAGGAAGCUAAACUCCACCAGAAAGAGCUUCUCGCAAGCCAUUUUGGGUCCCAUAAAGGGAAACGUAAUGAUUCUCUUUAUAAUGAUGCAGCCGAUAAAAGUGAUACGAAGGAAUAUUUACCCGGGCUAUCUGUCGGUAGCACUGAAUCAGAACAUAUAUCGAACCUUAUUGAAACUAUCGAACCAGAGUUGGAUAAUGUUGACGAUCAAAGAUUGCCACAAACCCCGGAGGAAUUCUGUAUAACUUUAUUGAAACACCAACGUCUUGGUCUUGAAUGGUUGUCUAAGAUGGAAAAUUCAACGAACAAAGGUGGCAUUCUUGCAGAUGAUAUGGGUCUCGGUAAGACUGUCCAAGCAAUGGCCAUCGUCCUCGCUAACAAAGCAUCGGACCCUACAAGAAAAACUACUUUGAUUGUUGGUCCUCUUGCUUUAAUGCGCCAAUGGAUGCAAGAGUUCGAAGAUAAAAUUAAACCAGAGUAUAGAUUGUCAACAUACCUUUAUCAUUCUCAGGAUAAGGUGAAAGAUUUUAAAGCUUUGGCUAAAUAUGAUAUUGUUCUAACUACAUACGGUACUCUAGCGUCUGAAUUUAAGAAACAUUAUAAGGAAGUAAUGGAUUCAGCGGGCCAAAAAACAACCCAAACAGGAAUUCCAGACUUCGGAACCGGCGGGGGAAAGCAUAAGUCUCCUUUCUUUUCCAGAGAAUCGUAUUUUCACAGAAUUAUUUUAGAUGAAUCUCAUAUUAUCAAAAAUAAGAAGACUCUAUCUUCCAAAGCAUGUCAUUUGCUUAGAUCAGACUAUAGGCUAUGUUUGACUGGUACUCCAAUGCAAAAUAAUGUCGAAGAAUUAUAUCCAAUCAUUCGGUUUUUGAAAAUUAAGCCUUAUAAUGAUGAGGAAUUGUUUCGUAAAGAAAUUGUUCUUCCUUUAAAAAAUAAAAACCACAACUAUGAUAAGAAAGAUACCAGUAUGGCUUUUACAAGAUUACAGGGACUUCUAAAAGCGAUUUUACUUCGUCGAACCAAAAACUUCAAAAUAGAUGGCAAGCCAAUUUUAAACUUAACUCCGAAAGUGAUUAAAAAGGAUGUUAUUGUUAUGGAUGGAGAUGAAGACGAGUUUUAUCAAGCGCUUGCUAAGAAGACUGCCAAAGAAGCGAAGAAGCUUUUGGCAGGAGAAGCUGUUGGCAAUUACAGUAGUAUUCUCACUCUAUUGUUGCGUUUGAGGCAGGCUUGUAACCACAGCUUCUUGGUUAGAGUCGGUGAUCGUGUCAGCCAAUAUAAGAACAAGGAAGUUAGAUUGCCAGCAAUAUUUGCAGACAAUAAGCCUAAAGAGAAUAUUGAAAUCAUCAAGAAUAUGGUUCAGAAAUGUAAGGGAUUCAGUCAACAAUCAGUGCAGGACGUGGAAAAAACUAUAGAAAAUGGUGAAGGCGAGUCUUCAUGUCAACUUUGUUAUGAUGCUUUGGUACGUGAAACUACUUCUGUAUUAUUCCCUUGCGGCCAUCCUUUAUGUUCCGAAUGUAUUGAAGCUUUCUUUGAAACUAAUGCAGCUGACGAAAAUAACAAAGCCAAUUGUUCAGUUUGCCAGAAGCUGGUAUCUAAAAAUGAUAUUGUUCAUUAUUCUGUUUUUCAUCUUGUAUGCAUCGAGGCGAAAGAAUCUGGGGAUGUCUUGCGGUAUUUCGGUCUCACCUCUGAUGAAAAAAGAAAGAUUACAAAUGGCAAUGAUGGUGAUGAAGAUUAUUCGGAUUCUGAAUAUGAUUCUGAUUUAGAUUUUCUUGCAAAUUCCAAUAAGAAUAAAGAUGAAGAUCCAUCAACAACUAUUAUCAAGCAAAUUUACCCGCACUUUUCCUCCGCAAAGCCUACUGAUCAACAGCGAGCUGUUAAAGAGCUAAUUGCAGCCCAAGAUAAUCAAUUUUUCUCGUCUCCAAAAAUUGAUAAAUGCCUCGAGAUUAUUAAUAAAGUAAAUGAGGACUCCCCAGAUGACAAAAUUAUUAUUUUCAGUCAAUUUACCUUAUUCUUUGAUUUUCUAGGAAAGAUUUUACUAGAUAAAGAUAUCAAGUAUCUAAGAUAUGACGGUAGCAUGAAUUUAGAUCAACGAGAUGAUUGUAUUAAACAAUUUUUCAAAAACCCAUUGAAAAAGGUGCUUCUAAUUUCGUUGAAAGCUGGGAACUUUGGUUUAACAUUGACCUGUGCCAAUCAUGUUAUUAUUGUUGACCCUUUCUGGAAUCCAUAUAUUGAAGAACAAGCAAUGGACAGAGCUCAUAGAAUUGGACAAAUGAAACCUGUGAAUGUUUACCGUUUGCUAACCACAGAUACUGUAGAGGAUAGAAUCGUGGUUCUUCAAGAGAAAAAAAGAGAAAUGGUUGAAAGUGCAUUAAACCAGAAUGCAAUGACCAGAAUUUCAAGAUUAGGUAGAAGAGAGUUGAGGUAUUUGUUUGGUAUCGCUAAUAGGAAUGAGACAUCCUAG